CGAGCGUGAGCGUGAGCGUGCGCGCGCGUCGGAACGCGCCACCCCGAGCGAACGCGCUCAGCGCUCACACACCCCGCCAGCGGUUUGCGCGAAAGAUGGGGCUGGAGAACGAGAAAUCCGAGACGAGCGUCAUCAUGUCCGAAGAUGAGUUCACCAGGUCGUUCGAACCCUUUCUGAACACGAAGAGCAGUCGAGCGCUACCGGACCGAGAUCCGCGCGACAUUAACGCGCAUUUGAAGAUCAGCUUCGAGGACGUGAUCGCGGAGCCGAAUGCCAUCCACAGUUUUGAUAAAGUGUGGGUCGGAAGCAGCGCGGGCUUCGAGCUCAUUAAGUACCUGUCGUACCGCGCGCUCACGACGCUGCUCGCCGUCCCGCUGUCUUUCGUGGCCGGGCUUCUCUUCGCGCUGCUCAGCUGUGUACACAUCUGGGUGCUGAUGCCAGGCCUGAAGAGCUGUCUCCUGGUGUUGCCCAGCCUCCAGAAGGUCUGGGACAGUUUGCUGGACACUUUCGUGGCUCCGCUCUCCCAAAGCGCAGGAAAGUGUCUGUCUACGAUUGACAUGAAGGGCAUCCCCAACUGAGAAGGCACAUGACAAUGGCAAUGGAACAAAAAAGGGAAAAGGACAGUUUUUUUUUUUUUUUUUUUUUUUUUUUUUCUUUGGGACCAAAUAUUUAUUAGUGACCAAAACCAUUUAACCUCAGUCCAUUAUUCUCAGAUAGAAAAAAAAAACUGGCUGAUCAGUGUGAUAAUAUUCAUUUACUGUAAAAAUCAAUUUGGAGCAAUUGGAUUCAAAAUUCUGUGCAAUUUCCUUACUGUACAGCCUUUUUGGUGUGUAUAUAUUGAAGAGAUGAGUUAUAAAUUAUGUGUAAAUAUUAAAGCAAACCAAACUGUUUAUACUUACAAGUGCAAUGACUGCCCUUAUUUUGUUACUGUACUCUGUUACCGUGAUUCAACUGGUACAGCAUAUGUGUGUGUUGAUUAAGGCUUAAAAUACCUUAAAUGGUAUAUAUACAGUACCUUAAAACUGCUGUGCCUCUCUUGAGCGUUGAUCAACUAAAGUUAACUUUAACAUUAGAGGUAUUUCCUACAUUGAAGACAGGAUUUAGGUGCAGUUUGCAUUCCCUGAACUGAAAUUUAAAUGUAUCCUUGGUAUUUUUUGUCUUGUCAAACUACCUACCUGAAGCCUUGCCAUGUUAUAUAAGUCAGUUUUUAAAGUAUAUUAUAAUGAGUACAUGUUAAGAGUUUGUAUGCUUUUAUUUAAAAAUGACAGAGUUUUGUGUGGUAUGAAAUUUUGCAAGAAUAUUAUUUGUGUAAUUACAUUCAGGAUACUCUCUUAGAGGCCAAGAUUUAUUGCAGGCACUG